GAGCAACUCUUCAGUCAGUCAGUCAGCACACAUCUGCCUCUGUUCAAGCAGUCAGGAGCACCAGAUCCACUCUGGUGACACUGGAGCCCGCAACACCUCUUUUAACAGGACGUGAGUUCCUUUGGACAGAGACAUCAAAUAGAAGAUCUUGAGUUUUACAGAUGAGAGGAGAAGAGAUGCUCUGCCUGCGUGACGACUGCUUACGGGAGCAGAUGCAGUACAUGAUGAGAUCACUGCAAGACCUGAAACAACUACGUAAAACCAGCCCCGCAGCCAGACGCCCCCUCAGCACCCAACUGCCGGCUUUAGUGCGCCACUCUGCUGUGGCACGUGCCUGUCAGCAGCGAGCAUUGCAGCGAGAGCACCGCACACGCCUGAGGAUUUCUGACGCCAGCACAGCCAGCACGUACGACUCGGCGUGCUGCCUGGCGAGCCCUCUGGAGGAGGACGAGGACGACUCGAGCAGCCGGCUGGGCCUGAGCCUCAGGCUGGGCCUGGGCUCGCCCAGCAGUCAGAAGAGCUUGGAGUUUGAUUCGGGCUACUCGGAGGCGUCGUGGCAGGACGAAGCGGUGGUUCUCAGGAGGACCAGGAACGUGAGGGUGUCGUCUUCGGCUUGCCUCCGCACAAACAGAGCACCGAGUGGACGCGUUCGGCCUAAAUCUACAUCUGACGCCUGUCUGGAGAGGUGGACGUCGUUCGAGGUCAGCGACCCAGAGGACUGGACGAACUCUUUAUUGACCAGAGGACGCAACCGCCAACCUCUGGUUCUGGGCGACAACAGCUUCGCAGACCUCAUACAGAACUGGAUGGACUUGCCGGAUUGUCCCGAGCCCACCGAGCUGAAGCCAACUUCAAGAAGUGGAAUGGGAAGAGGUUUCUUUGUCAACAUGAGGAGGAAACUGGUGGGGUUUUCUAAGAGCGUGGAGGACAGAGUGAGGAUGAGAUCCACAGACUCUGCUCGUGUUAACAGAACUGCAAAUGCUCCAAAACGCAUGUCCUGUCCGGUCGUGGCGUCGCAGCCCAAAGUCCCUUUUUUCCACCAGUCUCACUCAGGCAUCAAUGAGAUGGAUCCUGACUUUUACCAAUUUGCAGCCCUCAUGAGGUCACGCAGCCGACAGCCCAUAAUCUGCAAAAAUAUCAUCGGCUACGUCUGAUAUGAAGACGUGUAUAGACUGGACAAUCCUCAGAGUCACUUUAUUUUUUUGAUAUAUGACUGUUUUUUCACCUUUUAUAUAUGCUGUGACUAAGCUAAUGGAAAUAAAGAUGUUCUCAUAAUUUAA